AUGGUGAACCUGCGGGUCUGCGCGCUGGAGUGCGAGGCGCUGCGGGCGCUGCUGCAGGAGCGCGGGGCGCAGUGCCUGGUCCUGGACUGCCGCUCCUUCUUCUCCUUCAACGCCGCGCACAUCCGCGGCUCCUGCAACGUCCGCCUCAGCACCAUCGUCCGCCGCCGCGCCAAGGGCGCCCUGGCCCUGGAGCACGUCGUCCCCAACGAGGAGCUGCGCGCCCGCCUGCGCCAGGGGCUGGUCCACACCGUGGUGCUGCUGGACGAGCGCAGCGCCGACCUGGAGCUGCCCAAGCGCGACAGCACGCUGCUGCUGGCCCUCGGCACCCUCUGCAGGGAGGCCCGCGGCGCCCGCAUCUGCUUCCUCAAGGGUGAGUGGCCCCCGCCCGCCGCGGGGGCCGGGGGGGAGGCGGCGGGCCUCAGCGCCAGCAGCGCGCCCGGCAGCGCCGACUCGGGGUGCAGCUCCUGCGGCACCCCCCUCUACGACCAGGGUGGGCCGGUGGAAAUCCUGCCGUUCCUCUACUUGGGCAGCGCUUACCAUGCCUCCCGAAAGGACAUGCUGGAUGCUCUGGGGAUCACAGCGCUAAUCAACGUCUCGGCGAACUGCCCCAACCACUUCGAAGGGCACUACCAGUACAAAAGCAUCCCGGUGGAGGACAACCACAAGGCAGAUAUCAGCUCCUGGUUUAACGAGGCGAUUGAUUUCAUAGACUCCGUUAAAAACGAUGGUGGAAGGGUGUUUGUGCACUGCCAGGCUGGCAUUUCCCGCUCGGCAACCAUCUGCCUCGCGUAUCUCAUGAGGACCAACAGAGUCAAGCUGGAUGAAGCCUUUGAGUUUGUGAAGCAGAGGAGAAGCAUCAUCUCCCCAAACUUCAGCUUCAUGGGGCAGCUGCUUCAGUUUGAGUCGCAGGUCCUCGCCCCCAACUGCUCGGCAGAAGCUGGUAGCCCUGCUAUGUCAGUGUUGGACAGAGGAGCAUCCACCACCACCGUGUUUAACUUCCCGGUCUCCAUCCCUGUUCACACCUCGUCCAGUGCUUUAAGCUAUCUUCAGAGCCCCAUCACCACUUCCCCCAGCUGCUGAGGAGCGGGUGGACGCAUGGUCAGAACUCAGACUUACUGUCUCCGAAGUGCAAUAACUACAGGGACAGUGUCAGCAGCCACCGGCGGUUUGUGGGGACCCCUCCGUGUGUCCCAGAACAGUGUCAUAAAUGGAGAGGAGCUCACC